GGACGUACCGCCCGCAUGGCUGUGGUCAGUCGCCGCGCCGCCCCUCCCCGCCUUGGUCGCGCAGGCUGUGCCGCAGGCCAGGCCGAGCCCCGAGCCGAGCGUUGUUGUGACGCUGGCGCGCUGGCGCCGCGGGCCCCCUCUGGGCUUGUUGAGCUGGAGGCCUGGUUCCUGCCGCCCGCCGGGCCUCCCGAAGGCCCUCCCGACCAUGGUCUCGGCGGCUCCCCCGCGCCCGGGUCCCCCGGGCCGCCCCGCAGCCUGCGCCUGCAGGGCCGCACCGUGCUGCGCCACUACGGCAGCGUGCUGCACCUGCACUACUACAGCAACAACCCCUCCCUGCGGCUGCCGGCCAUCUCCGAGGAGGAGGCCGAGGUCUACCGCCCGGACCAGAUCAAGGAGUUUGACUGCGUCGACCCGGCCUGGAAGACGGACAUAGCCGAGGCGCUCGACAAAGAGGAGGAUGAAAGUCAAAUUCUUGUCAAGUUCUUCAAGUUCCAUAAAUGUUAUGAUCUUAUUCCUACUAGUGCAAAGCUUGUUGUGUUUGACACACAACUUCUUGUUAAAAAAGCCUUCUUUGCACUUGUUUACAAUGGUGUUCGGGCAGCACCAUUAUGGGACAGUGCGCAGCAGAAGUUUGUGGGAAUGCUGACCAUCACUGACUUUAUUAAAAUCUUACAAAUGUACUAUACUUCUCCAUCUGUAACAAUGGAUGAGUUGGAAGAGCAUAAAUUAGAUACUUGGCGAGAGGUUUUGAAGGACCAAGAAAUGCCUUUAGUAAGCAUUGGACCAGAUGCAUCUCUGUAUACAGCAAUUAGCACAUUGAUUAGGAACAGAAUACACAGACUUCCUGUCAUUGACCCUGAAACGGGAAAUGUGCUGUAUAUUUUGACGCAUAAGCGUAUCCUUCGGUUCCUAUUUCUUUAUAUUCAUGACCUUCCUCGCCCCAGUAAUAUGAAUAAGACACUCAGAGAAUUAAAAAUUGGUACUUAUGAUGGUAUUGAAACAGCCAGUGAAGAGACCUCAAUUAUUACUGCUUUAAAAAAGUUUGUGGAAAGGAGAGUCUCAGCUCUACCAAUGGUUGACACAGAGGGACGCUUAGUAGAUAUUUUUGCCAAAUUUGAUGUCAUUAACCUUGCAGCUGAAAAAACUUACAAUAAUCUUGAUGUAUCUCUCAAAAAAGCCAAUGAACAUAGAAAUGAAUGGUUUGAGGGUGUACAAAAGUGCAAAUUAGAUGAAACACUUUUUACAAUCAUGGAGAGGAUAGUGCGAGCUGAGGUUCAUCGACUGGUUGUUGUUGAUGAGGAAGACAAAGUUAUUGGAAUUAUAUCAUUGUCUGAUUUACUAUUGUACCUUGUCUUGAGACCUUGUGGUGAAGAUGGCAAUUCUGAAAGUUGCUCAUCAGUGAGAAAUCGAACUGACUCCCAGUCAGAGAAAAAUCCUGAAGAACCAGAAACCUCUGAAGCCAGUGAAGAGGCUAAAGAGGGAACUAAGUCAUCAUUAGAAUCAUCAGAAGUUGCAAUGCAGGAAGAUACGACAGCACAGCAAGAUUCACUUCCCAAUGAAAUCGAGGAUAGUGGAGAAAUAUCUGAGACUGCAGAGACAGCUGAAAAAUCAUCAAGCAGUGUAGAUGUAGGUGCUGGAUGGAGAGAAGUGACAGUCUCAGGAGGAGAGUGAAUUAUUUAUAUUUGGAAUCAAGGGUUUUAUCUGUGAAAAGGACAAGAAAACUGUGAGUGAAAGACCCUUCAUAGUAAAAUUUAAUUACAAGUACUUGAGAGUGAAAGAUUGAAUGAAAGUGAAUUUGUUGAAUGAGAGAAUAUUUGAGUGUAUGAGCAUGUAGUGAGCAAUCUGCGGGUUUCAUUUGAUAUUUAUAUUUGCUCAUUGCCCCAUUUGUAUUGUUUGUCUUCUUAUAAGACCUUGGCGAUUGUAGUCAUUAUUACUGUACUGUUAUAUUAGUCAUUUAUGAAAGCAGUCCUGUGCAAGUGCAGACAAGCAGUGGCCUGAAUGCCUAUUUUUGUUAGAGAUUUUUUUAGGGGGGGAGGGGGGUACUAUUAGAUGAAUGGUGAUGAGAGAGAAGCUUCGACUGCCUUUCAGUUAUUUCUUUAAAUUAAAUUUUUAUUUGAAAAUUUGAAAUAAAAUUUGUAAGCCAGUGACAUAAUAUUCAUUGCUUCCCGCCCUGUAAGGGGAGGCUGAAAUUAUUUGCUCCUUUGUGUGGCCUAUUGUAAUUCGAUUUAGUUCCUCUAGAAAGGCAAUUUUUUUUAUUAAGUAUGUGAACAGAACAUUUGUAAAAUUCCUAAUACCUGCAAGUCUGGUUGAAUAGAAAUUGAUCUAUUACCUAGUUAGUAUGUUUGUGGUACAGCUGCAUUGUGAUUUUAAUUUUGGGGCUCGGUGUAUGCUUAAAAUAUAUUUAAAAUACCUGACUCAGAUUGUCAGAACAGUGAUCCAAAAGAUAUGUAAAAAGUGAGGUGUGCCAUAUGGCUUUCAUUCUGACUGUUUUCCUUUCCAACUGAAAGGUGGAAAGGGAAAUAUUUUUGUGCUGUUUAACAUGAAUGGAUGUUAUUAUAAAGCAGUAUGGAGUGUAUGUUUAAAGUAACAUGAUUCAUUUUUAAGGUAAUCACACCAAAUAUGUUGCGCAGAUGAAUUUGUGAUAAUGUGACUUGCAAGUGUGUUUGUACAUUAAUAUGGUGUAGCCAGGGUUUGAAACUUGGACAAAUUUGUUUUUCUCAUGAAAUUAUCUCUUGUAAGGCUGUCAUUAAGUUAUAUAAAUAAUAAGUCACCCGUUAAUUCUGA